UCCAAUGUUGACGAGAUUUUAAUUUCCAUGUGUUAUUAGAUUCUUAAUUAAUAGUAAACAAUGCCGAAGAAAAAAGGAAAUGUUUCAAAAAAGAAUGCUGAAGAAAACGGUUUAGAUUCUAGUUCCAAAAAGAUUGAUUUAGAUGAUGAAACAAAUGAAAACUUCAAGAAAAAUUUAGUCUUGGAUGACAGUCCUGACGAAAAAGGUGGUGGUGAAGCAGAUAAAGCUGAAACAAAGAAGAAAUCCAAUAAGAAGAAAGAAAAAGGUCCAAAGAAGAAAGUGCCAGAGCCUUCGAAAAGAGCAGAAAGUCCUUCUCAAGAAGAUUUUGAAGCAGAUGAGGAUAUAGAGGACCUUGAUGAAAAUGAAAAUUUGUCAGCUGAUGAAAAUGAUGGAAAAGAAGAAGCAAAACCAAAACCUAAACUUACCCACAAAGAAAAGAAAAAGAUGAAGAAGCAGAUGGACUAUCAAAAACAAGUAGAGCUGCUUGCAGGCAAAGCAGAUGAACAAUUCACUGUAUCGCAGGCAGAAAAAUCUGUUGCCCAACAACUUCAGCUGGAGAAUGCUGUAGAUAUCAAGGUGGAAAAUUUUUCUAUAUCAGCCAGAGGAAAAGAUUUAUUUAUCAAUGCUAGUCUGCAUAUCACAGCAGGAAGGAGAUAUGGUCUAGUUGGUCCCAAUGGGCAUGGUAAAACUACAUUAUUGAAACACAUUGCCAAUCGUUCCCUAAACAUUCCUCCAACAAUCGAUGUCUUGCUGUGUGAGCAAGAGGUUGUGGCUGAUGAAACUCCUGCCGUUGAGGUGGUUCUUCGGUCAGAUACAAGACGUUGCCAACUCAUGGACGAAAUGCGAGAAUUAGAAGCUGAAAUGGCAAAAGGAAACAUAAAAAAACAAGACAGACUUAAUCAGGUGUAUGAAGAGUGGCGAAUAAUUGGUGCAGACUCUGCUGAAGCUCGUGCAAGGCGUAUCUUGUCCGGUUUGGGGUUCACUCGAGAAAUGCAAGACAGACAGACACGCUACUUCUCUGGAGGAUGGAGAAUGAGAGUGUCGCUUGCAAGAGCCCUUUUCAUGGAGCCUACUUUACUUCUACUUGAUGAACCUACAAAUCAUUUAGAUCUAAAUGCUGUCAUUUGGUUGGAUAA